AUGGCGUACCCGGCGCCGCGACGGCCUCCGCAGCGAGGACCACCACCUGGUGGUUACGUACCUGACGACCUUGCGGGUGCCCCUGGAUAUAGGCCUCCUCCAGGAGGAUCACGCUCACGCCCUCCGCCACCUCGAGGCUAUCCCGAUCCUAGAGGCCCCCCAGGCCCCCCGGGAGCCUCAGGGCCUCCAAGAGGCCACACCCCUAGAGGCUAUGGACGAGGACCGCCACCAAAUGGACGGGGCCCUCCUCCAGGUAGUCGGGGACCACCACCUCCAGGCCGAGGUGGUCGCCCUCCUCCCCGGCGCGGACCGCCUCCAAAUGACCCAUAUGGCCCUCCCAUGGGCGGAUCACAACCUUCGAGACGACGAGGAUCGGAUGACUUUGGCAUGUCACGACAAAUGGCCGACAUGAACCUCUCUUCGCCGCCAUCUCGUCCACACACAUCGAACUCGUCCCGCCCGGAUCGGAGACCGCCCCCGGACCGGGGUUAUGGUUCUGAGUACGGUGAUCCAAAUGGCGGGUAUCCUCCACCGCAGCGAUCAUACACAGACAGAGGAGCACCGCCGCCUUUGAAAAUACCAGGAAGAAGCGCUACAAUGCCCAUGGAGCCAUAUUCGGCUCCCGUUCGCUCACCAAAAUACCCCGGGCAGUCAACAUAUGCUGAAGCUGCCGACUUUCCCACCCCACCUUCGGCGCCCGCAAAUGAUAUGCUUGCUCCAAACGGCGGGCGCGAUGAGCUGAAAUACAAGACUUUCAGCACGUAUGUACAUCACGACGUCUUUUCAGACUACUUCAAAGACCAAGGGGAUGCGCACGAUGAAGAGCUUGAUAUGCCUAAUUUCGAUGCAGCCCCAUCAAACGAGCCUAAUCACCGCCGCAACGGCAGCUUCGAUAACCACCUGACGCCUGAAACACAGUCGCCAAAGGCCAACGCCUAUUCUGCAUACAGGCCAUCUCCCACCGUAGAAAAUACCAACCAGUUUGCAGAUGCCGGAUUCCAGUUUGACUUGCCCGGUAAUGGCAAUGAGUCAAUGGGAUCUCACGGGCCGCCUUCCUACCGAACCAACCCACCAGGAGGAUAUGAUUCCCCGGAUAAUCACAACCCGGAUGCUCUGCCCGCUCAUCCGCUUCCGUAUCAAGCCCCGGGCUCUGGUGCAAAACCAGCCCCUGUCCGACAGUACGGUGGACCACCGCAACCCGCUCCCCAGCCAGCUGCUCCACAACAAGCUCCCCCUGGACCAGCUGGUCGGCCGGGAUCUCCGCCUAUAACCAAGAUUGAGCUUGAGCGUUUGGAAUUGACUGUUCGGCGCAACCCAGACGAUUAUAAGUCAGCAUUGAAACUGGCCAAGAAAUAUGUCGAGGCCUCGAAAGUCUUGAUCGGGGAAGAAGGACGAGUGGAUUCAAAGACGCGGUCCAAGAAUAGAGAGAGAUAUGUCAACGACGCUCACAAGAUCGUCAAGAGGCUUGUCCAUGAAGGGUUUCCAGACGCCAUGUUUUACAUGGCAGAUAGCUAUGGGCACGGAGCUUUGGGAUUGCAGGCAGACCCGAAGGAAGCUUUUAACUUGUAUCAAUCUGCCGCCAAAGCAGGCCACGCCGAAGCUGCAUACCGUACAGCUGUCUGCUGCGAAAUCGGCCAGGACGAUGGCGGGGGUACGAGAAGGGAUGCCGUCAAAGCUAUACAGUGGUAUCAACGUGCUGCCAAGCUGGGCAAUACGCCCGCAAUGUACAAAAUGGGUAUCCUCUUGUUGAAGGGACUUCUUGGACAACAAAAGAAUCCUCGAGAAGCCGUGACAUGGCUCAAGCAGGCGGCGGAUCGAGCUGACGAGGAAAACCCUCAUGCUCUUCACGAGUUGGGGUUGUUAUAUGAAGGUCACAACCCGGACUUUGCUCAGAGAGACGAUCAGUAUUCGAGGCAACUGUUUACGCAGGCUGCGGAAUUGGGAUACAAGUUUUCGCAGUACCGACUAGGCGUGGCAUACGAGUACGGUUACAUGGGUCUUCCUGUUGACGCACGCCUGAGUAUUGUCUGGUAUACACGUGCGGCCGCGCAGGGCGAACACCAGUCGGAGCUGGCCCUGAGUGGAUGGUACUUGACUGGCGCAGACACCAUACUUCAACAAAGCGACACCGAAGCCUAUCUCUGGGCCCGCAAGGCGGCCUCUGCCGGCUUGGCCAAGGCCGAGUAUGCCAUGGGCUACUUUACCGAGACUGGCAUUGGCGUGCCAUCGAACCUGGAGGAUGCCAAGCGAUGGUACUGGCGAGCAGCGUCCCAAAACUUCAACAAAGCGCGAGAACGUCUGGAAGAGCUGAAAAAGGGCAGUGCCCGCAUGCAAAAGACGCGACUAUCUCGAUCGGCCGUGACCCAGCAAAACCCCAACGAUUGUGUUUUGAUGUAG